CCUGCGCACAUGCCCACAAGUGACGGAUCCGUUCACUUCCGGUCCUUCUAGAAGGAGCGUGGUGAAAGAUGGCGGCGCAGAAGUCCAAGCCGAGUGAUCUCUACAAAUGCGUGUACUCGUUCCUGCUGGAGAACAAGUUCACCAAGGCGGCUCAGCAGUUCCUGAAGCAGACUCAAGUGUCUCCACAAGAUCAAAAUGAAGAGAGUCUCGUGGACAUCUACAACUUCUGGGUGAAGUCUCCUGAAGCUAAGAAACGAAAAGCUACCCCCAACACAGUUGAAUCUACAAACGGUCCAUCGGCCAAGAAAGCGAAAGCCAGUCCAGAGAGCUCCAGCAGUGAGGAGUCGAGCAGCGACGAGGAAGAAGCUGCUGCAAAACCAACUAAGGCGGCCCCUGCAGCCAAGGUGGUGCCUGCAAAACCAGCAGCAGCUACUAAAGCAGCAUCCAGCAGCAGUGAGGACUCCAGUGACUCAGAGGAGGAGAAGGCACCUGCAAAGGCUCCUGCAAAGGCUCCUGUGAAGACGCCUCCUGCUCCUGCUGCAAGGAAGAAAGACAGCAGCUCUAGCAGUGAAGAAUCCGACUCUGAGGAUGAGCAACCCGCCAAAGCCCCUGCACAAAAACCCAAGGCUGCCACAGCCACAACACCCAAAGUGGCUGCUCCUGCUAAAGGUGCAGCUCAGAAAAAGCAGGAAAGCAGCAGUGAAGAUAGUUCCUCCGAUUCUGAAGAUGAAGAACCGGCCAAGGCCCCAGUCAAAUCUGCCCCAGUCAAACCAGCCCCGGUCAAACCUGCCCCGGUAAAAGCUGCUGCUGCUGAAUCGAGCAGCGAAGACUCUUCUUCUGAAGAUGAGGCUCCACCCAGCAAAAAACCCAAAGCAGGAGCAUACAGUGCGGUUCCACCUCCUGCUUCAGUCCAGAAAGCUCCAGCUGCACCUGCAGCCAGCAAGGCCAAGGACAGCGACUCAGACAGUAGUGAUGACAGCAGUGACGAGGAAGAAGAGAAAAAAGUAGCUGCGAAACCUGCACCAGUAAAGACGCCUGCUGCAAAACCAGCUGCAAAACCAGCUGCAAAGAAGGAGUCAAGCUCAGAGAGCUCAGAUUCAAGCUCAGAUGAAGAGGAGGCAAAGAAGCCAGCAGCCAAAGUCACCCCAGCUAAAGCUGCCCCAGUCAAACCCACCCCAGCCAAGGCUGCACCUUCCAAAGAGAGCGACUCUGACUCGUCAAGUUCAGAGGACGAAGAGGAGGCGAAGAAACCUGCAGCGAAGGUGACCCCUGCUAAGGCCACUCCAGCUAAACCAGUUGCAGCUAAGGCCACACCUGCUAAAGAAGAGUCCUCAGAGGAGGAUUCCAGUUCAGAGGAGGAGGAGGAGGCGACGGCAAAGAAACCCGCAGCUAAACCUGCGCCUGCCAAGACCACCCCAGCUAAACCUGCGCCUGCCAAGACCACCCCGGCUAAACCUGCGCCUGCCAAGACCACCCCGGCUAAACCUGCACCUGCCAAGGCAACCCCAGCUAAAAAAGACGAGUCCUCAAGCUCUGAUUCAGAUAGCAGCUCUGAAGAUGAGGCUCCAGCAAAACCUGCAACCAAACCUGCAGCCACACCUAAACCAGCUGCUGCUGCUGCUUCUAAACCUGCAGCCAAGGCAGCAGAGAGCAGCUCUGAUUCAGACGACUCCUCCUCUGAGGAGGAAGAGCCAGUGAAAGCAAAGCCAGUGGCUAAACCGGCUACCCCGGCUGCAAAGCCCGCUACCCCCGUUGCAAAGCCUGCUGCUGCAGCAGCAGAGAGCAGCUCUGACUCUGACUCUUCCUCUGAAGACGAAGAGCCAGCUAAAGCUAAGCCUAAACCAGCUACCCCAGCUUCAAAGCCCGCUACCCCAGCUUCAAAACCCGCUACCCCAGUUGCAAAGCCUGCUGCUGCAGCAGAGAGCAACUCUGACUCUGACUCUUCCUCUGAAGAUGAAGAACCAGCUAAGCCUAAACCAACAGCAGCUAAACCAGCUACCCCAGCGUCGAAGCCUGCCACACCGGCAGCAAAGCCUGCUGCUGCUGCAGAGAGCAGCUCCGACUCUGACUCUUCCUCUGAAGAUGAAGAACCAGCUAAGGCUAAACCUGCUGCAGCCAAACCAGCCACACCAGCCACAAAGCCUGCUACUCCUGCAGCGAAGGCUGCUGCAGCAGAGAGCAGUUCUGACUCUGACUCCUCUGAGGAUGAGGAAGAACCAGUGAAGGCCAAGCCGGCAGCAGCUAAACCAGCUACCCCUGCUGCAAAGCCUGCUGCAAAGCCUAGUGCUGCAGCAGACAGCAGCUCUGACAGCGACAGCUCAGACUCUGAGGAUGAGGCAGCAAAACCUGCAGUCAAGAAACAAGCAGCGGCAGCAAAGAAACCCGCAGCCACGAAGGCAGCUGCAGCUCCAAAAAAGAAGGCUGAGGAGAGCAGCUCCGACUCCUCGGACAGUUCUGAUUCAGAGGCAAAGUCCACCCCUGCUAAGCCUGCAGUCACCAAUGGCAAGGCUGCAACACCCAAGGCUACCACCCCAGCAGCCAAGGCCGGUAAAACAGCCAAGACAACCCCAGCAGCUAAAGCCAAAGAGAGCAGCAGCUCCUCAGACAGUUCAUCAGAUGAGGAGGAAGCACCAAGCAAAGCAGCCACAGCGCCCACCACCCCAACAGCAAACGGUACUAACGGAAAGAGAAAAAAAGAUGACGAAUCAUCAGAAAGUGAAGAGGAAGAGACAGAAGACAAGACACCAAAAAAUAAGAAGGCAAAAACCACACCACAGACGUUCCCUAAAGCCAGUAAGAAGUCUUCCAACAUACCGUUCCGUAGAAUAGUAGAGGAAGCAGUAGCCGUGGAUCCCCGUCUUCAGGACAACUCUUUCGAAGCAAAGUUUGGCGCUGAGGGCGACUGGGGCCAGAAAGCGAACGAUGUGCUCAAGUUCACGAAAGGCAAGUCAUUCCGCCACGAAAAGACGAAGAAGAAGAGGGGAAGCUACCGCGGUGGAGCCAUCUCCACUACAGUCAACUCUAUUAAGUUUGACAGUGACUGAGGACCUUCUCACUCCCACCUGAACUGUAUGUACCCUGUGUGAUCAGGACUAUCUGCCUCCUCUCUCUGUAAACACUCUCUCUAUCAUCACCACCACCCAACUACUGCAGCAGCACACUGACAGAAAUGUGACCCGUAGAGCUGAGCUGGCACUUACACUUUGUUAGCUGCUCUUAGUUUGUAAUGGAGACAAUUUGUUUGAUCUCUAAUCUAAAGCUACAGUUAAGCGGAGCUAGGGCAGCGGGAGAGAGACGUUCCCAGCUUGACUUCAGACUUCUAAAGGUUAACCUCCAAAUGACAUUACCACUUAUAGCCACUAGGUGGCUGCAGGCCAUCUGUUAAUGGUAAAAAAAAAAAGGCGACUUGUGUGGUGGGACCCCCCCUUUUUUGUUUUUGUUUUUGACUUUAACCUGUACUUCAUUCACAAAUGACACAUCUUGUCAUUUUGUUACGUACAUUUUUCAUUUCCGUUUGUAUUGAUGACAGCCAUCCCCCAAACAGGUUCUUUACUGUAUGUUUAAGAAAAGGCUGAUAAGGAUUUUUAAAGGAUCAUCUGGAUUCUUCAAGUUUUUGUUUUGGUUUGUCAAUUUUUAUUUGCUCACAUUUAAAUGUCGGGAGGGUAUGUCAGGGUUUUUCUCUUUACAUUAUAUGAACAUUUUGAGAGUAGAACUGAGUUUUAUACUGUGUAUUUAUUAAGUUUUAUUCCAGUUCAGCCAUUAGGAUCUUUUCAAGCCAUCUCAAGUUAUUCUCAGUCCAUUUUCCAUUGAUACUAUUGUUUCUUCUGAUGUUUAGCGUACCUCUCUCAAACCCUCCCUAAUCUGUUUAUUAGUGGUAUGGAAUUAUUAUUCAUAAACAUAACUGAGAGCCAUGGUUGUUUCAAUUAUUUGAAUUUACUGUGACUGUUUGUGUACCUCCUUAUUUUUUUUAUUGUUAAUUCUUGUAGAGGUAAUUAAAAACCUAACUGAUUAAAAUUGGUGUGAUUGGAAUCG